AUGGAUAAAAAACCUGUUUGCUCGCCAAGGGAGCGAGCCAAGUCCAUACUCGAUAAGACUGUUGCGUUAGAAGCUAAGCUUCAAAAGGCUGCUCAGGCUCGAAAUCCGUUUGACCCUAAUUUGUGGCAGCAAAUACGUGAGAAUUAUGAAGCAAUAAUUCUUGAAGAUCAUACCUUUUCUGAGCAGCACGGCAUUGAGUUAACUCUGUGGCAGUUGCAUUACAAACGGAUUUGCGAGUUUAGAUCACACAUCAAAGCUGUCUUGUCUUCUAGUAGUAGCUCGAGUGUUGCGCAAAAUGGCAAGGGUCCUUCUAGACCCGAUCGAAUUGCAAAACUCAAGCUGCAGUUCAGAACCUUCCUUUCAGAAGCAACUGGGUUUUACCAUGAUAUUAUCUUGAAAAUUAGAUCAAAGUAUGGUCUUCCUUUGGGGUUUUUCUCGGAGGAUCAACAGAGUCAAACUUUGGCUGAUAAGGAUGUGAAGAAGUUAGCAGAAUUCAAAAGAGGCUUGGUAUUUUGUCACCGCUGCUUAAUAUACCUGGGAGAUCUGGCUCGAUACAAAGGAUUGUAUGCAGAGGGAGACUCCAAGAACCGAGAGCAUGCUGCUGCUUCAAGUUACUAUUUGCAAGCAGCUUCUCUAUUGCCAGCCAGUGGAAACCCACAUCAUCAGCUUGCUAUAAUUGCUUCUUACUCGGGGGAUGAGUUUGCAGCUACAUAUCGUUAUUUCCGGAGUUUGGCUGUAGAGUAUCCUUUCCCAACUGCCCGUGAGAACUUGGUUGUUGCUUUUGACAAGAGUCGUCAGAAUUAUGCCCAGUUGUUUGCGGCUUCCAAAGAAUUACCUAAGAGGCCGACUGGUAAAGGAAGAGGUAAAGGUGCACAUAUUUCAUCGAAAAAUGCGAACUUGGUAGCUAGUCCUGAGAAGGAGAAAGUAACUAGUGCAAGUGAGAUGCUCAAAUCAUUCUGCAUCAGAUUUGUUCAUCUCAACGGGAUUCUUUUUACCCGAACAAGCCUGGAGACGUUCGUAGAUGUUCUUGCCUCCACUAGCAGCAUUUUACGAGAGCUGAUAUCUUUGAGCUUGGGGGAAGAGCUGAGUUUUGGUAUAGACACCAGUGACAGCGCACUCUUCAUUGUUAGACUUGUGACAAUUCUUAUAUUUAGCGUCCAUAACUCAAAUAAAGAGACGGAAGGUCAGUCAUACGCAGAAAUUGUACAGCGUGUGGAGCCUGCCAGAAACUCCUUGACAGCAAGUUUUGAGUUACUUGGACAUGUAAUAGAGCAGUGUGCACAGCUGCGUGAUCUUUCGUCGAGUUACUUCUUGCCUGGUGUCUUAGUUUUUGUUGAAUGGCUGGCAUGUUGUCCUGAUAUUGCAGUGGGGACUUUUCCGGAUGAUAAACAGACUGCCGUAAGAAACACCUUUUGGAACCAGUGUGUUGCAUUCUUCAACCAAAUCUUGUCGCUUGGGCCUAUGUUCAUUGAUGAUGACGAAGAUGAGACUUGCUUUUCGAACAUGAGCAUGUACGAUGAAGGAGAAACUGAAAACCGACUUGCACUGUGGGAGGACUACGAGCUAAGAGGAUUCUUGCCACUGCUUCCAGCUCAGACGAUUCUCGAUUUCUCAAGAAAACAUUCCUUUGGAACUGAAGGUCCCAAGGAAAAGAAAGCUCGUAUAAAGAGGAUCAUAGCAGCAGGGAAAGCUUUGACCAGUGUGAUCAAAGUUGAUGAGAAUCAUGUGUAUUUUGAUUCAAAGAAGAAAAAGUUUAUUGUUGGUGUAAAACCGUCGGAUGACUUGCUGGAUUCUCAUUCAAGCCCACUUGAACCUGAUAAUGCUUUGCAAGAUAACCUAGCAAUGAUGAAUCUUAACUCGCCAGUGAUGCCACGAGAUCGGCAGAUUUAUUUGGAUGAGGAGGAAGGAGAAGAAAUCGUUUUCAAGCCUCUAGUUUCUGAGAAGAGGAAAGGGGAUUCUGACAAUAUGUAUGUUCCUAAUGGGGGCUUCAGGAAACCUGAUCAAGUUUCUACUAUGGAAGACAUAAAAGCUUUGAGUGGGUCUGAUGCAGCUUCUUAUGAAAAUCUCCUCUUACAAGCGAGAGGCAAUGCACGUACUCAAGGGCCUGCGUCUGUUGGUUCUAACAUUCCAGGACAUCUUUACCCUUCAUCCCAGUCUCAGGCUGUGCAUAUGCAACAGGUUCAGGCACAGGCAGUGCACCCUCAGCCAGCCCAAUCACUAGCUUCUGCGCGACUUCAGCUAAUGCAGUCACAGGUUGCACAACUUCAACAACAGGCUGUGCAAUUUCAACAAACUCAAGCACAGGUUUCUCAUGCUCCACCGGCCCAGUCACAAUCUGCUUCCCUUGGUGGUAGCACGUGGUUGCCAGAAGAAGCUGCCGUCGUUGCUAGUAGCCUAUCUGGUUUCCCUCAGAUGGGUAAUGGUCUUGUGACUAGGAAUGAGAUGCAAGGAAAUCAUGGAGCUUCCUAUUACCCUACCCACUCGUUACCGAUUCACCAGUCUUUGAAUGCCAAUGGUAUUGGUGGUAUGCAGUAUUCUCAGUCACGAACACCUGAAGCAGUGUUGCCACCCAAAACUGAUGCUGUUUCAUCAUCUGGAGCUAUUUCUGAUUCCCUGGGCGUCCAAUCGUCAAUAGCAAGAAAAAAUCCAAUUGGUAGAGCCAAUCUUGGCCCUCCGCCUGGGUUCAAUUCUGUCCCCUCUAAGCUACAAAAGGAGCCAACACCUGCGUCGGAUAUGUCUGGCAACAAUCUGUUGGUUGAUGAUUACAGCUGGUUGGAUGGAUACCAAUCUCAAUCGUCUCGGGGCACUGGGCUCAACAGUACUUUGAAUUACGUCUCUUCUGGGAAACCAGAGCACAUGGGUACCAGCAAUGGACUGAACGGCCCUGCCAACUUUCCAUUCCCUGGGAAACAAGUUCCAACAUCACAGCUCAACUCCCGGAGCAAUAUCAAGGACAUCCCAGCUGGUCGAGUCGUCACUAUGUUCUCAAAGUUGGAGUCUUCGUGGCCUUGGCUUCUUGUGGGGAACUUCCUACCUGACAGAUUGAGGAGACAGCUCAUGUUGGUGAAAGAGAUAUAUGGUGACAAGAAUGAAGUGGUUUCUGCGGAGUCGAUAGGAGUAAAGUGCCUUUGUCUUGCUACUUGA